GCUGGCAGCUCAGACCACCUUGGUACAAGACAAGAGCAAGACGUAACUCUCAGCUCCCAGAUUGUAAACACAACCAGUUGCUCUUCGUAUAUUGCCUACAACUGGUUCUUAAUUGAGAACCUGAACCAUAUACAACUCGACCUCUACAAGGAUUCUACCAUAGUGCAGACUACAUUAUCUACGGAACACUUGUAGUGAUUUUUUGAAUAGUGUACAGCAAGAGUUGUGUCAACGACUCCAACACCUUAUUCUCUACAAGACUUUUGCCUAGUAGUGCCACCAUUCCUUCAAGGAGUCCGCCGUCUACCUUACCCUUCCCCCUCCCUCAGUAGUGGCUAGCACGUCUAGCCCUUUAACACAACAGUCAUGAUUGCUACUGAUCUUCGUCGUGAGUCACUCAAGGCUACCAAGAACGUCCUCGGUUCUAUUAACUCUGCCAUCGCUGAUUCACUCGCCCACGGCAAACGGAGUGAUAUGCGGCUGCGGCUAGGCUGGCUGCGGCGCCGCGGGGAGGCGCAGGUGAGCGUCAGACCGCAACCUGAGGAGGCCCAGGGCUGGGCAGAGAGCUUUCACAACCUCAUGGCUUCUAAAUAUGGUCAAGCACUUUUUAAGGCUUUCCUGCAGCGAGAGUUCAGUGAGGAGAAUGUGGAGUUUUGGCUUGCAGUGGAAGACUUCAAGAAAACUCGAGCUGCUAAGAUGCCAUCUAAAGCCUCCAAGAUUCAUUCAGACUACGUGGCAGUGCAGGCACCCAAGGAGAUCAACUUGGACCCUAGCACCCGCGCUCAGAUCUCAAAGUCUCUGGACUGCCCAGACAAAUACAUCUUCGACGCUGCGCAGAAGAGAGUCCAGGCACUGAUGGAGUCCGAUGCUUACCUGCGCUUCCUGCAGUCUGAGCUCUACAAGGAGCUCCUCCACCCAGAGUCCUCACCCUCCAAUCCCGAGACGUUAUAGGGCAUUUGCGAGGAUGUGUCGCUUGUCACCGAGGACGACCAUGACCAGCCGUUGUCGUCGUCAUCGUCAUGAGAACAGAACUGAGGGACCAGACUAGAGCAGCAGCUACCGGAGGUUCAUACGCGUCCAGCCGAGUGCUGUGCCGCUGCUUGAAGCCUUCCUGCCGGCUUGACCAUUCCUCUGCACAUCGUGCAGACUCGUUUGAAAGCCGCCUUUCCUGAUGGAUAUUGAAACAUCCAACAUUUUUAAAGGCGAAAUCCUGUGAGAGUCUUAAAUUAUUAUGUAUUUAAUAAUUUAUAUUGUUAUUUUCUAUAUUUAUUAGGUGAAAAUAUUCUUGUACGGGAAGUUAUUUGUAAAUGAUAUUCCGAAAGAAUGUUAUGUAUUUACCUCAGUGUUAAGAGUGAGGCCAGUGUUGGAUCAAGCUAUGAUGAGGUACUGAGUACACGAAGAUACUGACGAGGAGUCUGUGUCAGCAGUAGUCUGUGUUACUGUACUUGCUGGAACAGCAGCAGCAGGGGGUAUGGGUAUAAUCACCCAUACUGUGCCCCUGAUGCAGAAACAAGUGUGGACAUCACCUCCCACGCUCCCAGACACCUACUGGAGCAGGUGUCAGGGCUCACUUGCUGAUGCUUCCACCCUGGCCCAUCUUCCACUCCUACUCCCCUCCUCCCUGAGGCCGCCAGCACACGGCGGCCACCCUGACUGUGAUACCCAGACGGGCUCUGUUGUGGGGCCCUGUACAUGCAGCUAGUCACGGUGGGGCCCUUGUGUGUGGGACCCUCUCCAGGGGCCCAGGCCACCACUCUUCCCCGAGUCACCUUACUACACCCUGUUACCAAAGACUUUUAUAUAAGAAGCUGUCAGUUAGCUUGAAUCGAGCUAUUAAUGUGUAAUAUAUAUCGUAAUAUAUUGUGUGGUUCAUGAUGCUACCUUGUUCUACAAGUCAGAUUAUGUAUGCGUAUUUUCCGCACGAACACAGUGGCUGCGGCCUAGUUUCAGCGUGUCAAGGAUGUAUAGACCAGCUGGGCUGAUGAGAGCUGUCAAGCUAGGCUGACAGUGUCAGUCUACAGUGAUAGCUGCUCCCCGGCUGUCAUUCGCGCCCGUGUAGGCGUGCACCUGUUUACCACCUCGCUCUCAGUUUCAUGAGAGCUUAGCACGGAUGUUGAUCUAACAGGCCUCAUGUGCACCACACACACACACACACACACACACACACACACACACACACACUCACACACACGACAUAUUUAAGUUACUGACGCUGUUAGCUUUAAGGUCACCAUUGUAACCUCUGAGGGCGGGCUCGCGGGCGUGUAUGGAGAGGGGCGUGCUUACACAUACACACACACGCCUCACCCUCUGCACGCCCACGCUCACUCUCUCACACGGUAAUGAUAAGUGUUAGGAGCACCAUGAUCACAUUCCAUGAUCCCCAUGAUGUACCUCGCAUGGCACCAUGAUGUACCCCACAUGCCACCAUGAUGUACCCCACAUGGCACCAUGAUGUACCCCACGUGGUACCAUGAUGUACCCCGCAUGGCAACAUGAUGUACUCCACAUGGCACCACGAUGUACCCCACGUGCUACCAUGAUGUACCCCACAUGGCACCAUGAUGUACCUCACAUGGCACCAUGAUGUACCUCACAUGGCACCAUGAUGUACCCCACAUGGCACCAUGAUGUACCUCACAUGGCACCAUGAUAUACCUCACAUGGCACCAUGAUGUACCUCACAUGGCACCAUGAUGUACCUCACAUGGCACCAUGAUGUACCUCACAUGGCACCAUGAUGUACCCCACAUGUUUAUUAUAUUUGAUUUAAUCGCGUUUGGCUGUUUCACGUGUUUAGAAGUUUUAGAACAGAACAACCCAGCCUCACUCCCAAGUACCACCAUUCUCUCUCCCCAGUACCAGUAUCACCACUCCCUCCCCAGGACCAGUACCACUACUCCCCCUCUCCAGUACCAGUGACACCACUCUAACAGUUCACAUGUACUGUUAAUAGUAGUUUGUGAUCAAAUUGUUACCAACUCCCCCCCCCGUCCCCCGUUGUAAACAAUGUGACCACCAGUGUAGAUAGUGUGACCACCCGUGUAGAUAGUGUGACCACCCGUGUAAAUAGUCUGACCUCCCGCCUUCCCCGUGUAGAUAGUGUGACCCCUGUACAAUUCUUGAUAAGAAUAGUUUACUAAUAAAGAUUUAUAAUAUGUAUA